AUGCUGAAACUCUCGCAAUUACUAGACGCCAAACGGCGAGAGAGUUCAGAUACAAAUUCCGACUUCUCGCCCCAGUCGCGCCAGCCUCCACAAUCGCCUCUGUCAGCCGAUUCUUCCACCCCCGUCUCGCCUGUCGUCUCCCUCUUCUCCUCCAAGAGCCAUACGCGUGUCUCCAGCUCUGUCUCCUCGCUCGUCUCCUCGUCAGAAGUCAAGAAUUCGCUCGACAGUUCGUCGCGCAAUCAGUUGACCGGAGUGCAAGAGGAGCCCUGUCAGGCAAAGGAUCUCGAGGAGGAAUAUUUCCAACAUUUCGAUCAAGACAUGUCCGACGUCCACGAUGCCUACUUUGCAACCGUCGACUACUCAGAUGCCUACGACCUGACCGAUGCUGGCACCGACAUCCCCCAUUCUCCCAAGAAAAGACGUGCAGAGAGUAUUUCGGGGAAAGGGCUCUCGCGGAUCAGUUCGCGCAUAUCCACCAUCUCCAGCCGCUGGAGGUCCUCCAACAACCGUCUCGCGGAUGGUCCCGAUGCCAUGGAUACCUUUGGAACGAGCCUGCGAUCCCGCACCAACUCCACCUCGUCCUUCCGCGGCAGUUCGACCAUCAGUCGAGUCGAUUCCAUCGCCAUCCCUCCCUCACCCGCCCGAACCAUCUUCGAGGAGCGCCUGAGUGAGUCGGGGGCCCAGCCGAUCGAUAUCGCCAAAGCGAACAGCCAGUAUGCACCGGAGGAGGAAGCCGAACAUCCCCAGGCCACCACGCCCCUGCUGCCUCCCUUUAUGGGGGAUGAACCAUUGAGCAUGACGGCUUCGCGAGUUCAAUCCCCUCUGCAGUCACCGUCCGUGGCGGAUGUCUCCGAGGAGUCCCUAGAAAACAGUAUGACCAUCUCCGACCUCCGUCUGGCAGGGAUCCCGUCGCCGCCACUGUCCUCCAAGCCAUCCGUGGCCUCGUUCCACCACCGCCCGCGUGCCAGCACUAUGCGAACCGUGUCCGGCGAAGGACCACCGCCGUUCAUGCUGACCGACCCCAAGGACGAGUGGGCCAACAAGCUCGGCCAUGCCAAUUUCACGGUCCAACCCGAACCGUACGUGCCCGAAGUCUACGAUCUGGCUGCCUUCCGCCAAUUCCGCGAGCAGUGGGAUCUGGCCCAGUGCCACUUCGCCAAGCACCUGGUGCGGACGGGGGAGCACUACGGGGUGACGUCGACCAUCUUCCAGCUGACCGAGGCCAAGUGGGAGUCGAUCAACAGCGAGUGGAAGCGCACGUAUGAGGCCAUGCUCUCGCAGCUGAAGGAGAUGGACGGUUCCCUCAUGGGCAUCAUCAAGUCCCACGGAGAUCCCUGCGAACAGGUCAAGAUCCCUCGUCUCCAUGUGGACAAGUUCCCCGAACUGGGCGAUGGCGAGAUUGUUGGGCCCAUGAAGAUUGCGCCGGCAGUGAACAUCCCGACCCCUUGCCGCACCCGAUCCUUGAAGCGAAGCUUUUUCAAGUUCUUUCAGGAUCUCGUAUCUCGAUCCUGA